AUGCGGUUCUUAGCGGCGAGGCCUCUUGCGGCCAUCGCAUCGCUCGCUGCUCUCGCUUCCCCCGUCCUUGCCGAACCCAUCCUCAGUUCCAACUCUCUAAACACAUGCCAGGACAACUCGGGCUUCAGGGCCAGUUUGUUCAACGUCGUGUACACACCAAACAACAACACGGCAAAUGUCGAUAUUGUGGCCGUCUCGUCCAUUCAGGGCAGCGUCAUCUUCGAUGUGGCCAUUUCGGCGUACGGCUACGAGUUCAUUCGGCAAAAGGUCGACCCGUGUAAAGUCGGCCUAGCCGGCCUGUGUCCCAUGACGGCCGGCAAGAUUCCCCUCAACUUUAACCUCCCAGUUAGCGCCGAUGCCGCCAGGCAGAUCCCCGGAAUUGCCUACUCGUUCCCGGACCUGGACGCCAAGGUCAGGGUAUUCAUCAACCUGACGGACGGCACCAACGCCGGGCAGAGUGUCGCCUGCGUGGAGGCGGACAUCUCCAACGGAAAGACGGUCGACUUGCUGGGCGUAAAGUGGGCCACUGCUCUUAUUGCCGGCCUCGCGUUGACCUCGUCAGCUUUUGUGUCCGGGUUAGGUCAUGCAAAUGCGGCCUCGCACGUCGCUGCCAACGCACUGUCGCUCUUCGGUUACUUCCAGGCCCAGGCCAUGCUCGGGCUUACCGCCAUUCCUCUGCCGCCCGUGGUGAUGUCUUGGACCCAGGAUUUCCAAUGGAGCGUGGGCAUCAUUCGCGUCGAGUUCAUGCAGGAUAUAUUCACGUGGUACCAGCGGGCUACGGGUGGUACUCCUUCGACACUUUUCGACUCCUUGACGACCGUCUCAGUCCAGGUCGAGAAGCGUGCAGUUGACUUUGCCGAUAUCAGUAUGAGUUUGGCGAAGCGUUCCAUCGCCAUGAUGCCUCGCAGCGUCACCGAGCCCGUCUCGGUUAUGACGCGCAGCUUGGCCAAGCGCGGUAACAUCCAGACCGGCUCCGGUAGCUUUAUCGUCAAAGGCAUUCAGCGCGUGGCCUUCCGUGCCGGCAUCGAGUCGACGAACCUGUUCAUGACCAGCCUCAUCUUCUUUGUCAUUCUUGUCAUCUUCACCACGCUUUGCGUCGCAGCGUUUAAGGGCCUCUGCGAAUUGGCAGUGAAGAGGGGCUGGAUGAAGGGCGACACGUUCCUUGAUUUCCGCAACGGCUGGUUCACCGUCCUGAAAGGUAUUCUGUUCCGGAUCACCCUCAUCGGAUUCCCGCAAAUGGCCAUUCUUUGUCUUUGGGAGUUUACUCAGAACGACUCGGCCGCCGAGAUGGUGUUGGCCGUGUUUUUCUUCUUUGGCAUGAGCAUUACGCUCGGCUGGGCUGCUAGCAAGGUCAUUCUAAUUGCGCGCCGCUCCGUCGUGAUGCACAGGAACCCGGCCUACAUCCUGUUCUCAGACCCUCAGGCUCUGAACAAGUGGGGCUUCCUUUACGUCCAAUUCCGAGCGUCGGCCUACUACUUUAUCGUCCCAUUCCUCAUCUACAUCCUCGUCAAGUCCAUGUUCAUCGCCUUCGCGCAGUCGGCGGGCACUGCCCAGGCAGUUGGCUUCAUCAUCGUUGAAGCCGCUGCCCUGAUAGGGGCCAGUGUCCUGCGCCCCUGGAUGGACAAGAGCACCAACACGUUCAAUAUCGCCAUUUGUGUCAUGAACUUCUUGAACUCGAUUUUCCUCCUGAUCUUCACCGAGGUGUUUAACCAGCCAGCACUCGUCACAGGAGUCGUAGGUGUCGUCUUGUGGAUUGCCAACGCCGCGUUUGCGCUAGUCCUGUUGAUCAUGCUUAUUGUUACUACCAUUAUUGUGUUCUUCCGCGAGAACCCCGACGGCCGGUAUCAGUCCAUGAUGGACGACCGCACAUCGUUCAUGAAGUCCCAGACGCACCUUACGGCGACGACUGAGCUGGACGCACUCGCGGCAACAGCACGUGGCGCCAAGGCCGGCCUUGACUUGGACGAUGACGCCGACUCUAUUUCAUCCGAAUCCAUCCGUCGCAACGAACGGGCUGGCGCCGCGUCGGUAAACAGCCACUACGGGAACCCACCGCGGUCCCCGAUCGACCCUGCAAUGCCUCUGUUCCCUGCAGAUGGCCGCAGCAGUCCGGCACCCGGAUAUCCACGGGCGUACCAGGACCGCGCGCCCAGCCCGUUUGGGAACCAGGGCGCGAAUCUGACGCCUGCGUUCAGAGCACAGAACAACUCGAGUCCGGCAGGAUUCAGGUCAGCGAGUCCCUGGCAACGAGGUGCCGGCUACGAUUAA